AUGCAUCAAAAAAUAACCGGAUGGGCAUUUUUGGCCCUUAUUAGUUCAUCAGCCAUUCUUCACACGCUCGCAUAUCCUCAACAUGCACCACUCAUCUCACAGGCCACGAGUAAUGUAAGGACACAAAAUCCACAAUACUAUAGUAAUUCGUUGCCAGUUCCACAACGGGAACAAAUAGCCCAGGAGCGUAAAUUUGCCGAAAAACCUAACGCAUUGAAAAAAGUCGCGCUCGACGAUUUGGAUGAAAUUCAAAAUAAUUCAAUAUCCGAAGGCGGUUUCUCAUGGACCAAUAUGCUAGUAAAAUCUUCAGGUAUGAUAAUGCAAAUGCUCUUCAACCCUGGUGGCAGUGGAUUGACCGGACCAAACAAGAGUGACAACUUGGACACCGAUUCUGGCUCUACAUCUCCUUGGGCUAACCUCAUCACUAUGGGUUUCAAGAUUCUGACUGCCAUCCUUGGUGGAGGGGCUUCAAACGAUGGCAUAGACAAAGUCGACAACGGUUCCUCCCCAAUGCAGAGUAUAUUGGCCGCGGUUCUGUCGACGGUGCUCGGUGCAAAAGAUCCCGACCAAGUAGCCUCCAUGGCAAAGCAGGCUGGAGAGUUCAUUAAUAUCGUAGUGAAUCUCUUGGACGCUCUUAAAACAUCCUUCUCCCACCGUUCGUUGACCGCUAGGUCAAUGGGUCGCAAGGACUCCGUAAGUGACGCAGCCAUCGCUGGCAUUGCAAUGCUGAAGACAUACGUCAGAUCCUUUGGAACGAAUGACGACAAAUGCCUUCAAAAAUACAUAUGCGACGCAAAUAGCGAAUGUUCCGCAGAUAUCGGUCCAAAGAGCGUAUUCUGUCAAUUGGGAACUUAUGCCGCAAGUUUCGUAAUGGAGAGGCAAUCUGGAGGUACGUUCAACCAAUUCUUCGAAGCCGGCCGUCGCGGAAGGUCGGGCAUCGACUGCCGCCAACUGUAUCUCGAAUGCAACGAGGUUUAA